ACAAAAUCCACGCGCCAGUUUCCUAACUUACGUAACUGUGACAUUAACAAUACAGUAAGAUGGAGACGAUCGUUCGUUUAAAAUUGUUGAUUGGUUGGAUAUAUUAUUCUUUCAGCAGUUGCAGUCAGUCGAAAGCUUAUUGAGCUAGGAAUUCGUACGCAUCUCACCGGGGGAUUUCUUCCGACCGUAAUUCCAACUGGUCGAGUUUCUCAUUGCGCAAAAUUAGAAAGCUGUAGUGGGUUCAAAACACCGUGCUAUCUACAUUCUGUUCCGAUAGCUAAAUUAUCUUUAUCUCAGGACUGCAUUAUCGCUAAUUGAUGCCCAUAGUUUUGCUUAUUAAAUGCUAGAUAAUCGAACCUUCAUGUUAUGUAAAGGCUAAAAUCUACGAGUUCUAAUUUUUUUAUGAUAUAUUUUCUUUAAUAAUCUUUAUCUCAAUCAUAAACACGUUGAAAAUGGCUGCAUGUGUGGUAGUAAUUUCCGAUACUAACCAAUUGCUUUACUUGAGAACUGCCGAGUGUCCUGAUCCUUUGUUCUACCACUUUAAAGCACAUUCUGCUUUGGAUGUUAUCGAAGACAAAUUAUCCAAACGUACAACUUCUGGUGGUAAUCACGAUCAACUAGAACAAUACCUGGGACUCCUAUAUCCAAUGGAGGACCACAGAAUUUAUGGUUAUGUGACUAAUACAAAGAUCAAAUUUAUCAUGAUUUUUGAGUCACAUGUUUUGUCUUCUCAAUCAACCCAAUCCAAUGUAUCAGUUCAUCAAACACAUCUUCGAGAUGUUGAUGUUCGAGCAAUGUUUCAGCGUUUGCAUACCGCUUAUAUUGCUUUGGUGUGUUCACCAUUUUAUAAGCCGGGAACACCUAUUCAACCAGAUAAAUUAUCAGCUGCAUAUCGAUUUGAUCAAUGUAUUUCUUCACUUUUAGCUACAAAUGCUAGUUCUGGUUAUUGUUCUACAUUUACUAAUCUAAUCGAUGAAAGCAAAACAUCUACUGGUGAUAGUAUAACAACAACAAAUAUAAUGUCUCCUAAAGCCUAAUAUUCAUCUGUAUAAUUUUUUACUUUACUUAAUAUAACUUGAAUUUUCUA